UUCAUAACAUACAGCAGCUUCCCUCAGGCAGAGAACAGCAAGAGAUUUCUAUCUCUAGUAGUGAAUUAUUUUGUCAAUCUAGCUGAAGGGGGUGGGGAAGAUGGGCAGAGUGAGAAAGAGCAAGUGAAAAAGGAUUGGGGAAGUGAGUCCAAACUACAACCGUGAGGCUUCCCUGUUUGCCUUACCCCAUUAAUUAAAAUAAUUCAGCUACUGAGCAAUCCUACAGGGAAAUAUUCUGUACGGAGGAUAAGAAGAGACCAUGAGAGCUAUGAAGGGAUCUCAGCUGUUCAUUUUGAGUGUGGUUCUGGUGACUGCCCAGGCACUCACAGUGAACACACGUGUCAAGGAAGUAAAGGUAGCACAAGGAACUAACGCCACCCUCCCAUGUGAAUUCCAGACCUCUGCUGCCACCAGCAACGCAGACUUCGCUGCCUGGAGCAAAAUAUCUCCGUUGGAAGAUGCUGUCACAAGGUAUUUUGAUGGCUUUGCACACUAUGGCCAGGGUUACGAAGGCCGUCUGCAAUUCCAUGGCACUGCGGUCACAGAUGUCAGCAUCACCCUCCAGGGGGUGACCAUGGCAGACAAUGGAACUUACAGAUGCACUGUCCAAGUGCGUGCAGAUCUCCCCCAUGCCUCUGCAGAGAUAGAUCUUUUGGUCCUUGUGGCUCCAUCCAAGCCGGAGUGUAAAGUCAUAGGGACACCGGAAUACGGACGGACCAUCAACCUGACCUGCAAUUCUCAACAGGGGUCUCCAAAACCUGAGUAUACCUGGCAAAGCUUCAGCGUACUGAACCAGCCCCGACCACUGGUGUCAGCGUCAGGACAACAGGUAACUCUGAAGAACAUCUCUGCAGACACCUCCGGCUUUUACAUUUGCACUGCCACUAACAGCGUUGGACAGGAGUUCUGCAACAUGACAGUCUCCAUUGUACCUCCAUCCAUGAACAUUGCCCUCUAUGCUGGAGUCAUUGGUGGUGUAGUUGCUGCAAUCAUUGUCAUUGGGAUUUUGGCCUACUGCUGCUGCUGCCGGGGCAGCAAGGACACGGACUACGAGAUGACUGAGCCAGAAGAGAGUGAGAAGGAGCCCGUCAGGAUUCGGGGACCAGCUGAAGAAGAGAUGGAGGAGGAGGAGGAGGAAUAUCGGACAAGAGGCAGGCCACAGAUGCCACCCACCAACACACCCCGGCUAGAUAUUUGAGGCAUAGUCACUCCCAGAAUAGGAAAGGCAAGGAAGAGGGGACUGAUUUAAGAAACACUGUUUACUCCCGACUGCUCUGAUCUCUGGUGUAGCUUAGACUGUGAGCUUCCAGGGUCUGGAGUCCAUUUCUCUAAAUCCUCCUGGGAAGUGCAUGCCUAAUGCACAGUAGGCACCACUCUAAAUAAAUAAGUAAAUAAGACACUAUGUAGAACCAAAACUUAUUUCCCAGCACUAGAACCCCUGCUUCACCCACCGUAACCCACCUUUUUGCAGACGGGGCCGUGUCAGGUUUAUUUGGGGAGCAAGGGGUAAAUCCCCUCAAUGCAAAUUACUCUGUGUCAUUAGAUCCAUGGAAGAUUUCAGCUUCAUUAAUUGGGGCUCACUGGGAAAGGGCAGACUGGUUAACUUGGGUACUCUGGUAAAUGCCACAAGUUUCAGCCAAUAGCAUGCACUGUAUUAGGCCACCGGGCACAGGCACAGUGGCAUUACCCAGUAUCGGAUUGUUUUAACUUUAAUUUGAUUUUGAGAAGCAGGCUAGUUUAGAAAAUGUCAGGUUUCUUCUUAAGCUUUCACUAAACGGGGCUUUUGUAUAUAAUCAAAAAUAUGUAACAAAAAUAUAGAACAUGAUUGCAGCUGAUCGCCAGGACCCUCCGCUGGGAACAGCUAUUGCAUUGGUACUAAUGGGAUGUCUAAAAACAGCAGAACUGACCAUUUGAUCUUACUUUUUGUACUUGCAAAGCUUUUUGGUACUGUAUAGGCAUUGUCUGCAGCAGCUGGACUCUAAUCCAUAAUUGGCAGCUGGGAGGUCUAACAGCCAAUCCUUCACCACCUCACUCCAUUUGCCUCUGCACAAAAGAGACCUGUUCCCUCCCAAAGGGAUUCUAACGGUGCAUUUUCAUGUCCCAUCCCAGAGUCCUCUAUCCUCUACUUACUCCCCCACCCCAGCAACAGAAGGGGCAGACAGUGGACCGUCUUCCCUUCACACAUGUGGUCAUCAGGGGAAGGGAGAAAACAUGGCAGUUAGUAUCAGAGGGGUAGCCGUGUUAGUCUGCAUCCACAAAACCAACGAGGAGCCCGGUGGCACCUUAAAGGCUAACAGAUUUAU